CGGUGGAGGAGGAGGGGGGUUGGAGGUCUGGAGCACGUAACCUGCUUACAAAUUAUCACCACAACCAAACUUGGACAGCGUGAGUUUCUCCUCGUCCUCCUCUCGUGGUUGCGCCGCUCGCCUGCGCGCUGAUGUGCCAUCAUCCAGAUCCGUUAGCGGUUUCUACUCCACCUCGGCGCCGCCGCCGCUGUUCCACUUCUGACCGACUUGGACAGCUGGAACCCGACGGAGGAGCCCCGACAUCGCCUUACGAGUACUGGGUUCAGAGAGAAACCGGUCGAGCAGAAGAGACACUGCGGGAGGCGACGGAUCGACAUCGAGGCUCGCGUUACGCACGGGAACGACACGACGGACAAAGACUUGCCAUGAUAUAUCUGCACGGAGGGAGAAAUCCUGAUAAGUGGGAGCCGAGUACAAACUCGGGUCUGCUUGGGGUGGCAGGGCCGAUGACUUCCCGCUGUCACAGCCUCCUAAAACCUGACGAUAUGCAAAUACUCGGACUGUAAAUAUACCGAGCGCGGCUCUUCACGGACAAUAAAAAAAGAGACUUUAUUGGGCACUGACGUGUCCCCACUUGGGAAAAGCUGUAAAUCAAGGCAGGAAGAUCGAGCCAAGUGAACCACGAAUGGUUUGGGCAUGGUGCCCACGCCCCAGGUGUGCGUAUCAUCCCUGGUCACAGUGAGCACCAUGGCAGUGGUGGACCUCUACCUGCUGGAGCAGAGCAUGCUGGGGACCCGCGGCGCUGCAGGACCCAGUGUGUGGCAGUGUGCCACUGUGCUGCUCGGUGACGUGGGCUUCUUGCUCGCACUGCGUUUUGUGUCGGCUGGCGUGAUAUCUGAGGCACGGUCGCCACGUCGUGGUUUUGCAAACGCCCUCUGGUUCCUGUUCCUCUCCCUGCUCCAGCUCAAGCUCUUCUUCAUCUGUCAUAACUACAGGCAAGAGCGCCGGCCGCCUGACCCCCUAGCUCGGAAGACGCUCACCCUGCUGCUGUCCAUCUGCUUGCCCUCCCUUUUCCUUAUUCUGACGGGAGCUGACCACAUGACUCCGCAGCGCAGGAAGCAGGAGGUGCGGGGCCGGCUCCUGUGGGUGGUGGUUGAUCUGUUGGAUGUGUUGGACCUGCAGGCCGGGCUGUGGGAGGCCCAUGCAGGCGCUGCACUUGGGACAGGGAGUGGCGUCGGACAAAAACUGCCAGUCUGGGUGGAGGGCUUGGUUUUCUUUUACUGCUACGCCCUCCUGCUGCUGCUGCCAUGUGUAGCCCUCACAGAGCUGGGGGGCACUGGUCUGCCAGGACAAAGGGGACCCCGUAAGGAGGCUUUGUACCCUUGGCUUAGUUUAGUCACUAUCAAUAUCUUCACCUUGGCCCUGAGGGGCACAGGCAUGCUGUGGUACAGGGAUCCUCGCGUCUCCACCGUGUUCCUUGGGAAGAACCUGCUGGCUCUGGCUGUGAAGCUAAGCUCUGCCUGGGAGAGACACAAGCAAGGUCGUGGUGCAGGGGGAACUGGGACUGUGUCUGAAGCACAACCGCAGGAUACAAACUUGCCGAGCCAGAGGUCUGAGCAGGGUGAAGACCAGGUCCAAGGGAAAGCCUUCCCCACGCCACCGUCUCAUUAUCACACACUGUCUCACUCUCAAAGCCACACACUCUCCCAUGUCAGCCUGGAGCCCACAGAAACAUCCUUAGGACCUUCCUUCAUCUCCCAUGAACUCUAGAGUUUUUCUCACUGACAACCAUGCAUGCAUACACCCACACACAAAACCUGGACCAGCUAAGUUGGCAUCACAUCCCAGCAAAUAACUUGUACUGAAGAGUACAGCAGUGCUCCUCUGUAUAAUGCAGUGCUGCGGAGAUGCAUUUGGCAAGCUUUGGGUUUCUGCACAUUUUGUUGUGCUAAGAAUAAUGCAAAAUGCACUGCAGCCAUUCCUUUGAAAAAUAACGCUGUGAGCAAAGCUGUUGGAUUAUGUAUUACAGAAAUUUAUGAUGAAUUGUAGUAAUGUACAUGGUUUCAUUUGGACAAAACUGUCACAACCUGUUGUUCCAUCCAUCAAUAUGUCAACUUCAGAGUAUCAUUUGAGGUUUUUAUGAACAAAGGAUUCAACUCAUUUCUGGGUAACAUUGAGACACCACUGAAUAUUCAACAUCUGCUUCCUGGUGAAGAUGUACAGGCUGAGUUGUUAAACUUGAGGUCAGUUUAAGGUUGUCUGGAAAACAUUCUCUGAACACGAACUGAAAA